GGAUACGCAACUCUGACUUCAGCUCUGAAAUCAAAGCACUCACACCUGGUGGAGCUGGACCUGAGAGGGAACGACCCUGGAGACUCAGGAGUGAAGCUGCUCACUGAUUUACAUAAUUUAAUUCAUAUUAAAAAACUUAAAACCCUGAGGUUGUUGAAGACUGAGGCUGCAGAGAAAGCCUGUGUGUAUCUGACUUCAGUUCUGGAUACAAACCCCUUACUCCUGACAGAGCUGCAUCUGAGUGGGAAGAAACCAGGAGGCUCAGGAGUGAAGCAGUUCUGCAAAAAGUUGUUGAAGAGUGGUGAUGCAAAGAAAGCCUGUGAGUAUCCUACUUCAGUUCUAGGUAUAAACCCCUUACUCCUGAUGGAGCUGGAUCUGAGUGGGAGGAAACUAGGAGACUCAGGAGUGAAGCAGUUCUGUGCUCUACUGGAGGAUUCACACUGCAAAUUGAAGAUACUUAAGCUUAAUGACAGCAGUAUAACAGAAGAAGGCUGUGCUGCUCUGACUUCAGCUCUCAGAUCAAACCCCUCACACCUGAUAGAGCUGAAUCUGAGUGGGAAUGAACUAAGAGACUCAGGAGUGAAGCACAUCUCUGACCUACUGGAGAAUCCAGACUGUAAACUACAGAGACUGCUGCUUAUUGACAGCAGUAUAACAGCAGGAGGCUGUGCUGCUCUGACUUCAGCUCUCAGAUCAAACCCCUCACACCUGAUAGAGCUGAAUCUGAGUGGGAAUAAACUAGGAGACUCAGGAGUGAAGCACAUCUCUGAUCUACUGGGGAAUCCAGACUGUAAAGUGCAGAGACUGCUGUAAGUAAAAGGAUGCUGAACAAAAAAUUACAAAUUCUAAGAUGACUUCGGAUAGAUGUAGUGUUAACAGUCAUUUUUGAAAUAUUUUUGUAACAGUAGUGUCUUAUAUUAGACAAACAUGGUGAGAUAUGAAUGUCCCUCUUAAGGCACAGUAGGGCCAGUAUCAGAAAAUGAACAUGAUUUUGCAGCAUCAAUGAAAAACACCUCUAUUUUCUCUAGACUUUCUGACUGUGGUAUAACAGGAGAGGGAUAUGCAACUCUGACUUCGGCUCUGAAAUCAAACCCCUCACAUCUGGUGGAGCUGGACCUGAGAGGGAACGACCCUGGAGACUCAGGAGUGGAGCUCCUCACUGAUCUACAUAAUUUACUUGAUGUUGAAAACCUUCAGACCCUGAAGUGAGAAAACUUC